AUGUGCUUCAGACUGGGUUUAAACACCAACAUCUGCGAAAACCUGCAGACAAGAAUCGAUAAUUCAAGAGUGAUCUUCAAACCAUACAUCCAUGUAUAUUUAUAUCAAUCUCUUAUCUAUCUAUCUAUCUAUCUAUCUAUCUAUCUAUCUGACUCAUGGACGAGAAAGAUGGAACACAACAAAAUCAUUUUAAAACGAACAACUCUUACUGUAAGGAAGACUGAGACAGAUAUCUAUCUAUCUCUGUCUCUUCCCUAUCAAUCUAUCUAUCUAUCUAUCUGGAAAAGAUUGAGACAGAUUAUCUAUCUAUCUAUCUAUCUAUCUAUCUAUCUAUCUAUCUAUCUAUCUAUGUCUCUUCCCUAUCUAUCUAUCUAUCUAUCUAUCUAUCUGGAAGAGACUGAGACAGAUUAUCUAUCUAUCUAUCUAUCUAUCUAUCUAUCUAUCUAUCUAUCUAUUGAAUACGUAAAUAAAUUUCAAGUGUGUAUUUCCCGGUAG